AAUCUCUUCCUCUCGUCUUCAUCUCAAAUCGCAUAAACCGAGAAGACCAAGACAAGCCCACCAUGUCCCGCCAUCAUCCGUAAGUCAACGUCCCUCUGGUCACGCAGCGGCACACCUCUACACCCCCUAGCUAUCCGAUCAGCCAUACUAAUUCAAGCUGCCAAACCCCAGGGACCUGGUGAUGUGCCGCAAGCAAGCGGGUAUCGCCAUCGGCCGACUUUGUGACAAGUGCGACGGCAAGUGUCCAGUGUGCGAUUCGUACGUGCGGCCGACGACGCUGGUGCGCAUCUGCGACGAGUGCAGCUUCGGCAACUACCAGAACAAGUGCGUCGUAUGCGGCGGCGAGGGCAUCUCGGACGCCUUCUACUGCUUCGAGUGCACGAGGCUGGAAAAGGACCGCGACGGCUGUCCCAAGAUUAUCAACCUGGGGAGUUCGAGGACAGACUUAUUCUACCAGAAAAAAACGAAUCGGGGGACGGCGGCGUUUUAGUGAGCAAGUGGCCCGGGUUUGGGCAGGCUUUCGGUUUCGAGUACCAGGGGCAUAUGGGUGUAAAUGUUUGUUUGGGCAUUUGCAUACGAGCAACUGCAUACGCCGGUACACACUUGGUGGCAAGGGUGGCGGCUUGGGUUUCUCAUGGCGUUAGGAGCAGAGGAACACUGGGAGAGGAGAUGGCGGGUGAUAUCACGGGUGUCCAUCUACCACUGCUAAUUCAAGGCUAUCUGAGUGUGUUGUAAAACUACAGCUAGGAGACCGUCCAUCAUUAAUCCAACAAAAGAGAUAUACCCCUCA